ACGUGUCUCAAGGGAAAUCUUAACUACUAUAAAAUCAUGUUUAUGGAAAUUUCAUUCGUCAAUCAACAAUGUGACCAAGUGUUAACCAUUUUAUAUCAGAUACGUGAAUGGGAUUCUAAAAAUCGUUCUCUCUCAUUCAAAGAAAUGAAAUUGAAAACACUUCCAGUAAUCGAUUUGUCUCCAUUUACUGAUUCUAAUAACUUUGAUUCAGAAUUUGCCAGACAAACUGUAGCUCGAGAACUUCAUUUUGCAUGUAGAGAUGUCGGAUUUUUUUAUUUGAAGGGUCAUGGUAUACCACAAGAUACCUGUGACCAUGUUUUAAAAUUGGCAUCCGAAGGAUAUCAAAGACUCGGUGAAAAUGUCACAAGAUAUCAAAAAGACUGGCAUGAGGCACUUGACUACUAUAAACCAAUCCCCCGUAAUCAUCCAUUGGUUGUCAAAAAUCUUCCGUUAAGAGGCGAAAACCAAUGGCCAACAAAUCCUUCUGAAUUUCGUAGUGUAUUUGAGCAAUAUAUAGAACAUAUGAAAUCUCUAGGUGCUAAAGUUAUGAGUGCUAUUGCCAUGGGUAUAGGAUUGGAACAUGAUUAUUUUGCAGAAUUUAUAGAUGAUUCCUUUUGGGUGAUGAGAGUAAUUGGAUACCCACCUCUGAAUAGUGCGAACGGUUUAGACCGUGUAAAAUACAGUUGUGGUGAACAUACUGAUGCACUCCAAGUUAAAACAAAAGAAGGAGAUUGGAUUAACGUAGAUCCUAUACCUAAUUCUUUUGUUGUAAAUAUUGGUGAUAUGUUAAAUGGUCUCGUGAGUACUUUUGGCCGAAACGAGGCUUUAUUUUAUAAUACCAUAAAAACACAUGCUAACAUAUAUAUUAUGGAUAAAAGAAUUCCUUUCUUUUACGAACCAAACUUUGAUGCAAAAAUUGAACCACUCUCAAAAUGUCUUGAAGUUGACCCCAUUAGUCACCAUGAAGGUGUUGUGUACGGUGAACAUUUGCUUAGUAAA